GUAGAUUCCGAGUCACGUAACAGACGACACAGUUUCCUAUGCAUCAGUGUUCCGCGUGCGUGUGAGCAGGUGCAACUGCAGUAAAAACGGUGCACGGAAACAGCUGAACCUCGGUUUAUUCAUCGAACAUCGGCAAUAAAUCCGUGUCAACAUUCGUAGACGGAAAUCACGAAAAUCGAAUUACACGUGAAAGCAAACGUUGCGCCGAGUUUCUCGGUCGGUAACUUGGCGAGGUGUCAGCUGUAAAUGGUGGCUGUGUAAGUGACAGUUGAGUGUCGGUGAUUCGCGCUUUGUGAGUGCACUGCAACUUGUGUGCGAGACUAGUUUGGAUUAGCCAGACUUUACACGACGACGACGAAAUGGAUAAACUGCUGGCGUCUGACAACCGGACGACGACCAGCUGCAAUUAGGGUAUAAUAAUAUCGAGUUCGCUGACUGGUGCAUCGUUAUUGCGUUCAUUUCUCUUUCAAACUCUUUAUUACAAAUUCAGUGCAGCGACAGUCAUUUCUUGAACUCGUGGCACGAUUGUCUGUUGUUUUUGUUGUCGAACUGUGGGUGUAAAGUUUGUUAUGAACGGAAGGAGACUCUAAAGUGCGGGACACAUUCACGUCAAAAUGGUUUAUCACUGGCAGAGUCAAAAUGUCAAGGUGUCGGGUGUUGACGAUAUGGUUUUACUACCAAAAGUCAACGAGGAUUCGAUCGUUGAAAAUCUGAAAAAACGAUACAUGGACGAUUAUAUAUUUACAUGCAUCGGUCCGGUUAUCGUCUCCAUCAAUCCCUUCAAGCAGAUGCCCUACUUCGGCGAAAAGGAAAUCGAGAUUUAUCAGGGAGCGGCUCCCUACGAAAAUCCACCCCACGUUUACGGGCUUGCCGACGAAAUGUACAGAAAUAUGCUAAUCGACAACGAGAGUCAAUGCGUCAUCAUAAGCGGAGAAUCUGGCGCUGGAAAAACCGUCGCAGCUAAAUACAUAAUGUCGUAUGUAUCGAGGGUCAGCGGAGGUGGUGAGAGGGUUCAAAAGGUGAAGGAUGUUAUCCUGGAGUCGAAUCCUUUGCUCGAAGCUUUUGGCAAUGCAAAGACAGUCAGGAACAAUAACAGCAGUAGAUUUGGAAAGUACGUGGAAAUGAUGUUCGGAUCUGGCGGCCAGCCUGAGGGUGGAAAAAUAUCUAAUUUCUUAUUAGAAAAAUCAAGAGUCACGUCGCAUAAUCCUGGGGAACGAAAUUUUCACGUUUUUUAUCAACUCGCGACUGGAGCCAACGAAGAAAUGAAAGCAUCCUUUGGACUCACAGAUCUCGACUAUUACGAAUAUCUGAGUCACGGCGGCAACCAUAAAGUCGACGGGACAAAUGAUGCCCACGAUUUUCAGGAGACCUUAAAAGCCUUGAGCGUCAUGGGAAUUCGGAAUACAGAAGUUUCCCAGAUAUUUCAACUGGUUGCCGGAGUUUUGCAUAUUGGAAACAUACAAUUUGUUGAAGAUGGAAAUUACUCACGAAUCGCCGAUCCUCAAUGUCUCGAAUAUCCUCAACACUUGCUGGAAGUAUCGGCUGAGCAGUUGUCCCACAAAUUAACUUCAAGAAUAUUCGAUUCAAAGUGGGGAAGUCAGUCGGAAACCGUUGACGUUACUUUGAACGUUGAACAAGCUCUCUACGCCAGAGAUGCGUUGGCUAAGGAUAUAUACACAAGAUUGUUCGAUUAUCUAGUGAAGCGCGUCAAUUUGGCCAUGGAGACAUCGACGAAUGGGCAGAACAUCGGCAUCCUCGAUAUUUACGGGUUCGAGAUAUUCGAGAGGAACGGUUUUGAGCAGUUCUGCAUAAAUUUUGUCAACGAAAAGCUUCAGCAAAUAUUCAUUGAGUUGACUUUGAAGGCAGAGCAGGAGGAAUAUAUAGCCGAAAAUAUCCGAUGGACGGCCAUCGACUAUUUCAACAACGCGGUUGUCGUCGAACUUCUCGAGGGCAAAAGGCCGCCGGGACUUUUCCUGGUCCUCGAUGAUGUCUGCGCUACUUUGCACGGCGGUAGCGCCGGAGCUGAUGCAGAUUUGCAAAAGAAAUUAUCGGGGUCAGCUCAUGGUCAUGCUCAUUUCCAAAACACCGGUGAUGGUUUUGCGGUUUUGCAUUACGCUGGAAUUGUGAGCUAUUCGGUAGAGGGAUUCUGCGACAAAAAUCGGGACGUUCUGUUUCCAGAUCUUAUCGAACUGAUGAGAACCAGUACAAACCCUCUGGUGAGAGAACUUUUUCCACCCGACGUAAGAACGGCGGCGGACAAGACGAAGACGUUGAAAUCGAGACCCACGACAGCCGGAAGUAAGAUUCGAAAUCAGGCCAGUAGACUGGUCAGUCAGUUAAUGAAAUGCAUGCCUCAUUACAUCCGAUGCAUAAAACCGAACGAGACGAAAAGGCCCAGGGAUUGGGACCAGCUGCGAGUCAAACACCAGGUUGAGUAUCUUGGUCUCAAGGAGAAUAUCCGAGUUCGCAGAGCUGGAUUCGCCUACAGAAGACCGUUCGCCAAAUUCCUUCACAGGUAUGCCAUACUCACAAAGGAAACCUGGCCCAGUUGGCAGGGCGACCAGAAACAGGGCGUCGAACAUAUCCUGGCAAGCGUCAGAAUGGACAGGGGCCAGUACCAGCUCGGAAAGACUAAACUCUUCAUCAAAGCGCCUGAGAGUCUGUUCAUGCUGGAGGAGGCAAGAGACCGGAAGUACAACGCGUACGCAAGAGUAAUACAAAAGGCAUUCAAAAAGUACUUUGCCAGGAAGCGACAGAACAAGCAGAAGCAGGAAGCUGCCUCUCUUCUAUUCGGUCAUAAGCAGAGGCGACGGGCUAGUCUGAACAGAAACUUUGUUGGCGAUUACAUCGGCCUGGAUAGCAAACCAGUAACCAUGUCGUUGAUCGGCAGACGAGAGAAGGUCGGCUUUGCUGAGAUCGUCAAAAAGUAUGACAGACGGUUCAAGCCAUGCAGAAGGGAUCUCAUACUUACGGGAAAGUGUCUUUUGCUCAUCGGUAGAGAGCAGAUCAAGAAAGGACUCGAUAAGGGUCGAUGGGUCGAAGUUAUUAAGCGAAAACUACCGCUCGACCAAAUCAGCCACGUCAGCUUCAGUACUCUCCAGGAUGGAUUUUUAAUUAUACACACCAGAGAUGACUAUGCCAGUCUACUUGAGCUGGUAUUCAAGACUGAAUUCUUGUCGGUAUUAAGCAAAAAUUACCUCACCGAGACUGGACACAAUUUAAACAUCAGGUUUAAUAACAACUUAGAGUUUAAAGUGAAAAAAGAAGGAUGGGGUGGCGGCGGCACCAGGCAAAUAAAAUUUUCUGAGAGUCACGUCGGCGAUAAGGAAAUAUUGAAACCCAGCGGAAAGGUCUUGAACGUUAUUGUCGGGCCUGGAUUACCUAGCACAACCAAACCAAAUUCAACUGCAACAUCUGCCAUGCCGACUACUAGGCCAACAAAUCAUGCCAGAUCGAUGGCAAAUAGACCUCGGGCGGAACCUCCUAUCUCGAAUUCAUCUGUGAGGCAAAUGUCAUCUGUAGCCCCGACACGACCUUUACAUGCCCCGAGUCGAAUUGCCCCAGUACCCCAGCAGAGCAGACCUUCCCUGCCUCCGAAUCGACCCAAUUUACAGCCCAGCAAAGCGGCUCAUCCCACAACGAAGACGGAAAAUCCCAAGAAGCUUGUCACCACUGGCGUACCGAUAAUGGGGAUGCUUUUGAACACAGGUGCUGCUCCAAAAGGGUUGAUUCGAGCACCGCCGCCUCCGACGAGUCCAGCGCCACCCAAUCAGCCGACGGUGCACAGUGCUUUCCGAUUACCAAAUGUAGGCAAUGGGAAUAGUCAAAAAAGGGAAGCAGGCAGUUCUGCACCCACUCAAAGAGCACCGAUCGGUGCCAGAUCAGGGCCAAACGCGAGAAUGGCACAGAGAGCACUUCCAGCCACCCCAAACAUGCCUGCGCCGAAACCACCUACUCCUAGUUUACCGAAGGUCAAAGCUCUCUACGAUUACAGUCCGCAGGAUUUGGAUGAACUCGGAUUUCAAGAGGGAUCCAUCAUUGAGGUGAUAAAAGAACAUCAAGGAGGAUGGUGGAUGGGGAGACUGAAUGGUAAACAGGGAUUAUUUCCCUCAAACUACGUAGAGAAGAUUAGGAGUAAUUGAAGCUGCAGGUUUAUAGGACUCGCAUCUAGACUGACCGGUUGUAUAAAAUUAUAAUGUUAAAAAGGAAACAUGAUGUCUAAUUUCAUAGACUCGUGCUACUUUGAAUAUAGGUAUAUUUAUUGUAUGUAGAUCCAUAGUAUGAUGUAUAUUAUAAGAUGAAUCAAGUAUUGGAUCGUGUAUUGCAGGAUAAACACGUUUCAUACACGUAUACGCAUGCUUAUAAUUAUAGCCCGAGUCACUGCCGUAGUGAAAAGGAAUUUUUAUUAAAUCAGAGCUCUGUUCUCGGUGAAUGAAUUUUCGUCAAUUUAAUUUUAAAUGGCGUGAAAUAUUGGUGUAUGUGUAUUUUCUAAACAAUGAUUCAACGUCUUUUAAUAAAUGAACUCUUUCCAAUUGAGUUCCAUUCGAAAUCUUGGAAGAAUGAAUUUAUUAACUAAUAUUCGUUUACUGGAUAAUUUAAUAUCUAUGGUAGUUUAUUCGUUUGUCAAUCCACCGGGGGUAGUAAGAUCGUUUUAGGUAUGUAGAUUAUUCCAAAUGUUAUAUAAUUGCGCUAUAAAGCAGCGCAGUACGUUAUAGAAACUGCUUUUAAUUUUGAGGUAAAUUAGGAUUAUAAGUAAUUAAAUUAUACAUACCCAGAUAAUGAUUCCAAAGAUAGCCAAAUUAUUCCUCCCAGAUCAUUUUUACCACUUUUUCAAAUUACUAUAACGGAUCGCCAUCAUCUUAUUCCGAGACAGAUGAAGAUUUCCGUUACGAAUUUUCACAACACGGUUCAGUGUUGUUCUUUGACCUGAUCAUGAUAGUGGGUAAUUGAAUCUUACAAUAAUACAGAUUAAUUAUUAAUAAUUAAUUAUAUUGGAUAAGUUCGUGUGAGUAGAUCGAUUUACAUGUAUUUACCUUGUAGUGCCUUUCUAAAAAGUGAUUACCUGUACAGUCAUUUAUUCCAUAGUUAUAAUCGAUGUUAAAUUUAGUACAUUGUCGUAAAGUGCGCCAAUGCGAACACCAAAUGUAAAUAUUGUUAUACAAAUUGAGUAUUUCGCGUAUUAUAAGAUACGCACGUGCUAUUUAAUUCAUGUAAAGUUUGUGACAGA